UUUUUUUUUCUCCGUAUCAUCCUCCCUUUCUUUUCUUCCUUCGUACCUUUCCCUUGCUAAGGGCUGAUAUUUUAGAAGGGGGAGGCCACAUUUCCGUUAAGUCGCCGUCAGGUUGUCACGUGCGACUGCCAUCUCCGACAUUCAGCAUGGCAAGCGCCGUCAGCAUGGCCGUCGGCAAAGGCCGGGAGGAAAGCGGCGGAGGCAGCGCCGCCCGGCCGCAUCGCCUGCCGCGGUGGACGCGGCACGAGAUCCUGGUGUUGAUACAGGGGAAGCGGGUGGUGGAGGGGCGGGGCAGGCGCCGGGCCGGGAGGGCGGCGGCGAUGGCGGAGCCGAAGUGGGUGGCGGUGGCGUCGUACUGCCUUCGUCACGGGGUGGAUCGGGGGGCGAUGCAGUGCCGGAAGCGGUGGAGCAACCUGGCGUGCGAUUUCAGGAAGAUACGGUUUUGGGAGAAGGGGCCGGGGGCGGCGAAGGGGGAGUCCUUCUGGGCGAUGAGGAAUGACCGCCGGCGGCAGCGGGGGCUGCCGGGGUUCUUCGACCGGGGGGUGUACGAGAUCCUCGACGGGGCGGCGGAGGUAAAGGCGGAAGGGGAGGAGGCGGCGGCUGCGGAGGAGGAGGAGGAGGAGGAUGAGGGGAAGAAGGCACCGGCGGCGGACGAGGAGGACGACGAGGAGGAGGCCAUCUUCGACAGUGGCCGGACGGCGGCGGAUGAUGGACUGUCCUCCGAUUUCGAGCAGGAGGAGGAGCCGUCAGAGGAGGAUGAGAGGCCGCAAGCGAUGGUGGUGGUGCCCAUUUCAGAGAGGAAGUAUGAACCAUUUCCGCAAGAGUCUUCUGAUCCAGAAAUGGCGAACAAUAAGCAGUCAAAUGAUAACAAAGAGAAGGGUUCGUCACCCAGAGGACAGAAACGGAAGCAGACAUCACAGGAAGGAGCAGGAGACACCAAACAACUGAUUGAACUGUUGGAGAGAAACAGCAAGAUGCUGACAGCCCAACUCGAAGCUCAAAACGUCAACUGUCAAUUGGAUAGAGACCAAAGGAAGGACCAAGCUAAUAGAGUGCUUAGUGUUCUUAACAAACUCGGGGACGCCCUUGGAAGAAUCGCAGAUAAACUAUAGACAGACCCAAUAAUGAGGAUGCAAGGAAGUGACUAGAAGAUAGUGUAUGGAUGGAUGAAGCCAUAACUCAAUAUAAAUUUUGAAAGGCUUGAUAGCAAUGAUUUUUCGAUCUUAUAAUCACAAAGCAACUAAGCAGAUAGCAGUUUAUAGGGAGAGAAUAGAGUUUGACAGCACCCCAUUUUUAUCAAUUGAUUUUUGAUUGCAUAGUCUUGGUAGUACUAGGGAUUGGUGGUGAAUAAGUUUUGCUUACAUAGAAUAUUAUGUAAGCUGGGAUUUGUUCAGAGAUUGGAAACUUUUUAAAUUUGUUAAUAAAGGAUUUUUUUGUGUUAA